AUGUUGGUCCAUCUUUGGCUUCUUUGCAGUCUCACUGCUGUUGCUACAUCACAGGAUACAACACAAGAGGCCAGCAACUUUUUGUCUCAAUUCAAUGUACGAGCAGAAGAUCUAUCUUAUGCAAGUUCACUUGCCUCCUGGGACUAUAACACCAACAUCACCGAUGAGAAUUCCAGAAAGAUGAAUGAAGCAGGAGCCAAAUGGUCUGCAUUCUAUGAUGAAGCAUCCAACAAUGCCAGCAAGUAUGCAAUAGAUAAAAUUACGGAUCCUAUUGUCAAACUCCAACUUCAGUCUCUUCAGGACAAAGGAACAUCAGUGCUAUCUGGGGAAAAAUACAGUGAACUGAAAACUAUUUUAAGUACAAUGAGCACCAUCUACAGCACCGGGACCGUGUGUAAACCUGAUGAUCCAUUUAACUGCUUGCCGCUGGAGCCAGGUCUAGAUGCUAUUAUGGCUAGCAGCAUUGAUUACUCUGAGAGACUGUGGGCGUGGCAAGGCUGGAGAGCUGAAAUUGGCAAGAAGAUGAGACCGUUAUAUGAAGGUUAUGUUGAGUUGGAAAAUGAGGCUGCAAGACUUAAUAAGUAUUCUGACUAUGGAGAUUACUGGAGAGGAAAUUAUGAAGUAGAUGAUUCCACAGAAUAUGCCUACAGCCGUAAUCAGCUGAUUGAAGAUGUGGAAACAACAUUUGAGCAGAUAAAACCUUUAUAUCGGGAGCUACAUGCUUAUGUGAGGUACAGGCUGGAGAAUGUCUAUGGCUCAGACCGCAUCAGUUCAACAGGAUGUCUUCCUGCUCAUUUACUCGGUGACAUGUGGGGUAGAUUUUGGACUAAUUUGUAUGCCUGGACAGUCCCCUAUCCAAACAAACCAAACAUUGAUGUAACGUCUGAAAUGGUUAAAAAGAAUUGGGAUGCAACAAAAAUAUUUAAGGCUGCUGAGGAUUUUUUCAUCUCUGUUGGCCUCUAUGAAAUGACUGAAGGCUUCUGGAACAAUUCUAUGAUUACAGAGCCUAACGAUGGCAGAAAGGUUGUUUGCCAUCCUACAGCUUGGGAUAUGGGAAAAAAGGAUUAUAGGAUCAAGAUGUGCACGAAAGUGAGUAUGGAUGACUUCUUGACAGCACAUCAUGAAAUGGGGCAUAUAGAGUAUGAUAUGGCAUAUUCCAACCUCUCUUAUCUGCUCAGAAGUGGAGCUAACGAAGGAUUUCAUGAAGCAGUAGGAGAAAUCAUGUCACUGUCGGCAGCUACUCCAAAGCAUUUGAAAUCGCUUGACCUUCUAGAAUCUACUUUUCAGGAAGACAAUGAAACGGAUAUCAACUUCCUACUCAAACAAGCCCUCACUAUUGUUGGAACAAUGCCUUUUACUUACAUGCUAGAGAAGUGGCGAUGGAUGGUAUUUAGAGGUGACAUUCCAAAAGAUGAGUGGAUGAAGAAGUGGUGGGAGAUGAAGCGAGCAAUAGUGGGUGUGGUUGAACCACUGCCUCAUGAUGAAACGUACUGUGACCCUGCUGCUCUGUUCCAUGUGGCCAAUGAUUACUCUUUCAUAAGAUAUUACACAAGGACCAUUUAUCAGUUCCAGUUUCAGGAGGCACUUUGCAAGGCUGCUAACCAUACAGGUCCUCUUUACACAUGUGACAUUACUAAUUCCACGGCAGCUGGUCACAAACUGCGGGACAUGCUUGUCUUAGGGAGAUCACAGCCCUGGACCCAGGCACUAGAAAGUAUAACAGGAGAAAAAAAGAUGAAUGCAACACCCUUGCUCCACUACUUUGAACCCUUACAUCAGUGGCUGAUAAAGAACAAUAGUGGCAGAUCUGUUGGUUGGAACACAUUCUGGACUCCAUAUUCUAGCAAUGCAAUCAAAGUGAGGAUCAGUCUGAAAUCAGCACUUGGGAACAAUCCAUACGAAUGGGAUGAAACUGAAUUAUAUUUGUUCCAGUCAUCGAUUGCCUAUGCGAUGAGAAAGUAUUUCUCAGAGGUCAAGAACCAGACUGUCUCAUUCCAGAGCACAGAUAUCCACAUAGGAGCUGUAACACAAAGAAUCUCCUUCUAUUUUACUGUCAGUAUGCCUGGUAAUGUCUCUGACAUUGUUCCCAAAACUGAGGUGGAAACAGCCAUCAGAAUGUCUCGGGGACGAAUCAAUGAGGCUUUCAAACUGGAUGACAAAACUCUGGAGUUUGAGGGUAUUCUUCCAACACUGGCACCACCUUAUGAACCACCUGUCCCUGUCUGGCUAAUACUGUUUGGGGUGGUCCUGGGCGUAGUUGUGAUUGGAGCCAUUGUCUUGAUCAUCACUGGGCAGAGAGACCGAAGAAAGAGAAGGAAAGCAGGCACAAAUGAAUUAGUACAAACCAACCCCAUCAACCCUGAACCUGAGGAUGGAGAAGUCAAUCCGGCUUUCAUACAACAUGAAGAUCACCAAACAUCGUUUUAG